AAGUUCCCGCGGAACAUCUUGUUAACGUGCACCGUCACCUCCCUCUUUUCCCUCUCUGUUUCACUCAGAUGGUCAGAUCUCAGCUCCACACGCUACUCAGGGGGGGAAGGGGGAAAACGAAUAACUAUCUCAAAAGUUCUCAGAUUUCGUCGAGAAUUUUCAGUCUCUGAACGAUUGAGAGGCGAAUUUGAAUCAAAUGAGGAAAGAUCUUUGGGGACGAAGAGGCGCAGCUACGAGGCAAGCGAAGCAGAUUAAGGGUUUGGUUGGUCGAUUAUCGAUUGCAGUAGUCGCUCUCGUGAUCUGCACCCUCUGGCUGUUCUCGACCAUUGGAUUGAAUCGAUCCUCAGAUGAAGCCAAGGAUAUUAAUGUGGAUAAGCUUUGGGGCCCUGCUACCUCUGGUGGUUGGAGACCGUCAUCAGCUCCUCGUUCAUAUUGGCCACCUCCUCCAAAAGAGAGCAAUGGUUAUUUGCGUGUUCGUUGCAAUGGAGGCUUAAACCAACAACGAAGUGCGAUAUGUAAUGCAGUUCUUGCAGCACGAAUCAUGAAUGCUACAUUGGUGUUGCCUGAAUUGGACACAAACUCCUUUUGGCACGAUGAAAGCGGUUUUCCAGGUAUCUAUGAUGUUGAGCAUUUCAUCAGAUCAUUAAGGUACGAUGUUAAAAUUGUGGAAAGCCUCCCUGAAAUUUCUGGGCACGGGAAGAAGAAAAAGAUGAAAGCUCACCAGAUGAAUCCACCAAGAGAUGCUCCUCUAAGCUGGUAUACAACAACUGCUCUGGAAAAGAUGAGGGAACAUGGUGCUAUAUAUCUCACUCCUUUUGCGCAUCGCCUUGCAGAAGAGAUUGAUGAGCCUGAAUUUCAGAGGUUGAGAUGCCGAGUGAAUUAUCAUGCACUAAGAUUCAAGCCACACAUUAUGAAACUAAGCAGUGAAAUAGUAAAUAAGCUCCGUGCAGAAGGCCACUUCAUGUCUAUACAUCUUAGGUUUGAAAUGGAUAUGCUUGCAUUUGCUGGAUGUCUGGAUAUAUUUACACCUGAAGAACAGAAGAUCUUGGUGAAGUACCGGAAAGAAAAUUUCAAGGAGAAAGAACUUGUUUAUAGAGAAAGGAGGCUUAUUGGGAAGUGCCCAUUAACUCCAGAAGAGGUGGGUCUCAUCUUACGCUCCCUGGGAUUCGACAACAGAACCAGAAUCUAUAUUGCUGCGGGCGAACUCUUUGGCGGUGACCGUUUCAUGAAGCCAUUUCGCACCCUCUUUCCACACCUCGAGAAUCACAACACAAAAAAGCUCGAAGAGAGUGCCCAAGGACUCGUAGGUUCAGCAGUAGACUACAUGGUAUGCCUCUUAUAGACAUUCAUGCCAACUUAUGAUGGGCCAAGCAAUUUUGCCAAUAAUCUCAUGGGCCACCGCCUCUACUAUGGCUUUCGAACCAUCAUUCAGCCCAAUAGAAAAGCAUUGGCUCCGGUUUUUAUGGACAGGGAGGAGGGCAAAGGAGCCAACUUUGAAGAGAGAGUUCGUAAUGUUAUGGCUCGGACAAAGUUUGGUGAGCCCCAUAAGAGAGUUCGACCCGAGUCAUUCUACACGAACUCAUGGCCUGAAUGCUUCUGCCAGGCUGCACCUAAAGAUCCUAAAGAUAAGUGCCCCCCUGAUAACGUACUGGAAGUUCUCGAGAGUCAAAUGGAGAGUGAAGGGAGUGGUGGCUUGGAGGAGGCGAAUGUGAGUGAUAGAACAGGAACUGUGGUGACUAAAGGUACUUGAAAGACGGUUGAUAUUAAAAACCAAGUUGAACAUCAAACGGUUCCCUAUUUUUUGGCCCGUCAGCUGUGAAGAGUGAAGAGAUUAUACAUAUUUUGCCAACUGAGAUCUAGCAAUUGUAACACUGUUUGCACAAGAUCUAGUGGGGGGAUGAAUCGUGAGAUCAGUAAAGGAUUAAUUUGUAACAGAUCUUGGCACGUUCAUUUUUUAUUUUAAUUUUUUUUUUUCCAGCAGAUCACAGAAAGGAUUAGGUCUGUGUGUUUCAAGGAAGGAAAAAAGAGGAGUAUGCGCUUCAGAGUUGUAUAUUUCGAAUUACUGAGUGAUUUGUGUCGAAUAUUCAGUCAAAUAGCUAUAACAAGCUCACUGUUUUUUUUUUUUU